UUUAAACGCCAGGUGUGUUAGAUCAGGGAGGAGGCUCUCCCUCCUGUUGUUGGAAUGUAUGUCAUGCUGUGAACUGGAAUGAGAUGUUUGAAGAACGGCAUAAAAAAAAAGUCAGAGCUCUACAAUUGCUGGAUUCUGUCUGGAUUUUUUUUCAUCGCAAACCAACACUUGGUGUCAGAAGAGGGAUGCAACGCCGAUGUCCAGAUAAGUGCUAAUUAUGGGUCCAAAGCAGCAGACGAAAAGCCUCAAGGUGGCAGAAGCAGCGCCAGUGGAGGAGCCAGAGCAGGAAGGAGCUACAGGUCAGUCCAGUGAUGAAACAACAUCUGUGGACAUGAGCAACAUUGCUGGAAAGAUGUCUUCAGUUCCAGAGUGACUUUGUUGAAAGAUGGGACAAAGAAAAGAGUAAGCAAGAAAGGAGAUGGCACCAGAUACAAGUUGAAGUUGGCAAUCUGAGAGAUGAUCUGGGGAAGCAGCAGAAGACUGAAGAUAAAGCUCAAGCUGGCCCCUCUUCAGAAGCAGUACAAAGAGCAUGGACUCAAUCGGAUAUUCCAAAGUUUUGAGGAGGGAGAUGACAUUGAACAAUACCUGACAACCUUUGAAAGGUUAGCAACAGCAUACCGGCGGCCCGAGAGGGACUGGGCAGUAAGGUUGGUACCUCAUCUCACCAGUAGGGCCCGAACAGCAUAUGUGGCCAUGGCUGCAGAGGAUUCCUGUGAUUAUGCUGAAGUAAAAGCAGCCAUCUUAACAAAGUAUGAGAUUAAUGAAGAAAUGUACCGACAACGAUUUAGAGAGCCGGAGGUCCAUGUAAAUGAAACCCCCCGAGAGUUCUAUAACCAUCUGAAAGACCUUUACCUGAAAUGGAUGCAACCUCAAGGAAAAAGAAAGGAUGAUAUUGGGGAGAUUCUCAUCUUUGAACAGUUCUACAGUUCUUUGUCACCAGAGCUGAGAAUAUGGGUCAAAGAGAGGAACCCAGCAUCGGCACAAGAAGCAGCAGAACUUGUUGAAAACUUCUUGGCUGCAAGACGGGGACCAAAAACCUUCCGAUACAACCUUCAACAGAAGGCCAGCUUAAUGCAGGAUUUCGUCUGAAAUGCAGCCACUGUGUAAUGACUGUAAUUGAGAUAUAUGUUGGCCAAUAUUAUUUCUACCACUAAUGACCCUGGCCCGUGUUGCAGAGGGAGGAAGGAAUGUCACCUAUCUGUGUUUGCCCUUGGUGGACACUGAAGACUUAUUGCUGAUAUUACUCCACACCAUACAGAAAUGAGGUGUUUACAUGGAAACCACCAGGGCUAUGAACAAACACAACUGGAAUCAAGGACAUCCAGCUAUUUCGUCCACUCAUCUGUAAAAGCAGACAGUUAUUUUGCAUUAUUAAAGUUCUCUGUUUUAUCUGAGCUAAUUUAGUCACAUAUUCUCCUUUGUCUCUGAAGUGAAAAACUAAAGGGUUGUAAUGGGAGUACAAAUUGGUUUUUUGUAAACAGCAUUUUUCUAUUAGUAAAACAGUUUUAUAUCAAAAUGCAUCCUGUUGGUCUGUUUCCACU